AUGCAGAGCAUGUUUCGUACCGUCGACGCCAUUGAUUACAGUCUCAUUGCCUCAGUAGACGUUAGGCAUCGUAUAGAACAAUUGGCUCUAGAUAAUACUGGCCAGACGUUGGCGCUGAUCGAACGUAUCGGGAGUGGAGAGAACAGCACAAGCGAGCCUGACGAGCGUGAACAAGAUGAAAACCAGGCGGAUGCUGAGGAUGAUGAUGAUGAUGACGACGACGACGACGAUGACGAUGAUGAUGACGAUGAUGACGAUGAUGAUGAUGAAGAAGAAGAAGUAUAUCAGGUUCCCGUGGAAACUGCUGCUGAAGGAGCAAGUACUGAGUCACGGUCUAGGCGUGCCGCAAGUAGAGCAGCUGAAUUCUCCUCAUCUUCUGACGAGGACCCUGAUUUCUUAUCUAAUCCAAGCAGUGCCACUAGUGGAUCCACUACCUCAGUGAGUAGUGAUGAUGAUGAUAAUGAUGAUCUGGACAACAGUCGUGAUGAUGAUGGCGCUGGUAGUCAUGGCUCUAUUCGCACUAGUACGCCGAACUCGUCUUCCUCUUCAUCAGUUCAAGAACCAGACACAACUCGGCGUCGGCCUCGUCGGCGCAUCAAUAUCCAUCUCCGAUUGAGACGAAGAUAA